AUGCCACAUCCGCAGUUAAACAUUCCCUGGGCUUUUUUUUACACUGGAUCUACUGACGUCCCAAACUUCCCAGAGAGGGUUGGUGUUGUGGUUUUUGAUGGAGUUGAGUUUGCUAACUACGACAGCAACAUUAACAGAGUGGAACCCGAACGGAUGAAGAAUCAAUUAGAAGAUCAACCAAAAUACAUGGAUUUUUACACUCAAGAGUGCCGUUAUCAUCAAGACCACCUCAAACUAAACAUUGAGAUUUUUAUGAAGAUCUUCAACCACACUGGAGGAAUCCACACUUGGCAGGAGAUGUACGGCUGUCAUUGGAAUGAUGAUGUGGAGCUUAAAGGUUAUAUUCGGUAUGGUUAUGAUCGAGAAGACUUCCUAUCAUUUGACCUGCAGAUAGAGUCAGGGGUUGCUCAUAAAAAACAUGCAGUCCUCACAAAACAGAAGUGGGAUAAUAAUAGAACUCUGUUUCAACAGAAUAACUGCUUCUUCACCAUGGUUUGUCCAGAUUUGCUGAAGGAGCAUGUGUACUAUGGGAUGAGCUCUCUGUUAAGAGCAGGUCUCCCCUCAGUGUCUCUCUCCCAGAAGUCUCCCUCCUCUCCAGUCAGUUGCCACGCUACAGGUUUCUACCCGGACAGAGCCGUGAUGUCCUGGAGGAAAGAUGGAGAGGAGCUUCAUGACAACGUGGACCCCGGAGAGAUGCUCCCCAACCACGACGGAUGCUUCCAGAUGAGUGUUGACCUGGAACUUUUUUCAGUCCUAGCUGAAGACUGGAAGAAGUACCAAUGUGUGUUUCAGCUCUCUGGUGCGGAGGACAUCGUCAAAGUACUUAACGCAGCAGAUAUCAGGACCAACAACGAGAAUGCGUCUGAAAAUGCAAUGGUCAUUGCAAUAGCAAUAGCUGCUCGUCAUGUCAUCCCACUGGUCAUCAUGGUUUGCAAAAAGAAGAAAGGGGCAGCGCACCACGGCCCCAGGGGUACUCUCUGUCCCUGCUCCCCCUCUUGUCCCCUCCUGACCCUGUCAGACCCCGCUACAAUACCUGACCCCGCCCCAGAGAUGGGACGAUUGGAGUUCAAGCUGGUUGUGACCCCUGACCCCCUGACCCUCACUCCUGACCCCUGGACCCGUUCCCACGCCACGCCUUUUUGUGUCCACCUCGCCAUGGCAACACCUUGGUCACUGCUGCUGCCACGGUAA